GCACGCGACUCUAGCAACACUGGGAAAGGAAAAUGUUUCGUGCUCACGAUUCUUCUUAAUUAUGGUGAAAGAAAACCUCUUAUAACAUUCCGUACGACACGAAUUGGAUGGAAAAGCAGAGUAUUUAAAGAUAUUAAGUAUCGUGUUACGGGAAGAGUUACUGGUUGCACGUGUUCCGCUGUUCCUAUGUUCUCGGUGGUACUUCUACAGUGUGUGCGGUCUGACUGGUUCUACUGACUACUUAGUGACAGCUGAAUUUCAAAAAUGUAAACACUGAUGUAUAAUCAAGGAAGUAGCUACACAUAAGUCAUCUCGUGUCCAGCACAAUGGUAAUGACAUCUGGCGAGGGUGAUGGCGGCGGACAGUGCAGCCAGCUCGGCGAGGGAGGCUGAGGAGGACGACGGGAUUCAAGUUUUCUCCCCCCUCCUACCCUCACACGCGCCCCGAGUGACCUGCAGCAGUUACCGAUGAGGAUGACACAGCGAAACGAGAGAAAUGGCCCGAGGCUGCAGUGAUCCUGCCAUGAGCAACUCCCGUCCCGCCUCACCCACCAGCACUCUCCAGGAGUGUGAGGUGCCAACCAUUCAACUUCAAGAUUCAGUGUGCGAGGAGGAUGACGAUGACGCCGCUGUGUUCCUGCAGAUGCUCGGCCCCAACUAUGCCAUCACUGCGCGGUCUAAAAGCAGCAAACUAUCCUUCGCCAGUAAAGAAUCAAGACAAAGUUCAGCGGUGUCCUCAGCACUGUCUAGGCAGAAGUCAACACGAAACUUAGUGGACGUGACCACUCGACUGACUCACUCCAAUGAGGGUCAGCUGUACCGCCUCCUCUCCGCCAAAAGGAACCACAUCCAGCAGCUCAGCAACGAUGUGUCUCUCCUCCACAAUAGGAUCAAGGAGCUGGAGGAACAGAACCGCCUACUACUGCGCGUAAGCAAGAGGCAGGAAGCAGCCCUCACUCGCUACCAUGACAUGAAGAGCGAGCUGCCACACAUCCUGGAGGCACACAAGCUCGAAAUUAACGUCCUUCAGGAGAAACUACGACGAUCGACGGAGGAGAAUCGGAAGAACACUGAGCGGCUAAAGACAGGAGACAAUCGGUUACUGAAGCUUACGGAGGAGGCGACCAAACUGAGAGAGCUGAACAGAAAGCGGAACCUGCCCGAGCGCGACCAACUCAACAAGCAGCUCAUUGCCGCCACACGCACCCUGCACGAGAAGGAGAAGGAGGUGGCGGAGUUGAAGCGUCGCAUAGGCAUCCUGGAGAAGGCCUUGAAGCAGCAGGUGCAGGCGGAAGUGGGGCGACACCGGGCCACUGCCAGGAAGCUGUACAACCUGCAGUGCGACCACCACGAGCUCCAGGAAAUCCUCAAGGAGCGGGAGCAUGAGCUGGAGUCCCUGAAGCAGUACAGCCUCAGCACCGGGUCUGGAGCCACGGCCGACAGCGCCUGCACCACCGCGCCCUCAUCUCGUUCCGGCUCCCUCUCCGCUAGACACAAGCGCGGUAGCAGCUCCUCGGGAACCACCUCCACCUCAGGGGUCGUGUGUCCUGUGGAUACAUUGUCUGCCACUGAGUCACGCAUGUCGUUUGUGUUGGAAGCUACGGGUCGUCUGCCUCCCAUCAGCGCAGAGGCAAGGCGGCACAAAGAUAUUGACUCACUCAUAGGAUCCCCGGAGCCACUUCCUCGAAGGACGCGGCACCGCAGUCACUCCACCGUCAAGGAUGGGUCCGAGGAACGCCGCUUCGGAAGAGUCAGGAGAAGCCGCCGAGUUUCGAAAGAGGAGGGAUUCUUCAACUCACGAUGCACGCCUUCACCCAGCCCAUCUACCACGCCUGAGCCUCACGCCCACCGCUCUGACCCUGAUGGCGACGCUUUGGAGGAUAGUAGUCACUGUCCACUCGGCAAUAACGACGACAGGAGACGACACCGGGAUGACAGUCACUCCAUCUCCGACCAGGGGGAUCACGAACAUGAAGAGAAGGACACCAACGGCAGCGACGAUAACAAACCUUCCCUCAGACGAGAGUUUUCGCUCAUAGAACACUAUCCACCGCGGGAGCGUGUAACACUCCACGGGGGCUCCAGUGCUGGCGGAUCUGACAGCGGGAGUGGAACUAGUGGAACUCCUCCUCCUCCUGCUCCCCCGCCAUCCAAGCCCCUGAUCGACGCCCGUCCCCCACCACACCUGGCCCGCACUUCAGGGCCUGGCCGAGGUUCGCUGCACAGAAGGAACAACAUGAAAGCCAAAGACCUUCGAGUUUCUUCCAGCCUCACUAAACUGGAUUCCGAGACUUCCCCUAAACCUGUCCGCACCGCCAUCACUCCCUGAGCCUCGCGAUUAGUGCCGAGCAGCUGCGAUGAGACUCUAGGAUGGCCUAGCUCAGGCCUCCCCUCAUUGUGAAUAAACCCAGUGUGUACAAUGAUUCUUCUUGAUUUAGUAUUUGGUUUAUCUUAUGCUUCAUUAUGAAGGUGACAAUUGAAAAGUUGCACAGCAACAGAACUGUCUAAUGUAAAGCAUUAUAUGACAUGUAGCAAAUUAAGCUUUUAUCACCUACGUUAAGUACAGCACAUUAUUCAUAUAGGCGCACACACACACACACACACACACACACACACACACACACACACACACACACACACACACACACACACACACACACACACACACACACACACACACACACACACACACACACACACACACACACACACAUUUUAUUGGAACAUUCGAACUCUGUUAAAUUAGGAUUCCUAAUUUUACAGAGUUCGUGCAGCUGCAGGAAAGGGAGGAGGAGGAGGUUCUCGUUCGGGUUGGCGGAGACCAACUCACCUGAACCCGCUACGUUGUCAUACCACUUGCUUGACUCUAUGUAGCACGUACCGUUAUUGUAGUAGUCAAAAUACAGCCAGGUUGGACAAUAUAGGUUCCAUGUUAGUCCUGUCAAUACAAGUAAAAGGGAUGGCUGUGA